AUGGAAUCUGAACAAUCUAUUACUAGUCCAAUGUUUACUAAUUCACUUAUGAUGGAACCCUCGACAAAACUAAAUGGUAUUACAUCGAUUGUACGAGAUCCAUCAAGGUCCGCAGUUGCCGAACUUAGGCGACUAUCUAGUAUGUCUGUUAAAAAAGAUCUUUCAGAUUUACAAAUUCCAACAAUAACGGAAAAUGCUGAAGAUGUUACUGGUCUAAAAGGACGUAUUCGUCUUCAAAAAACUGGGGAACGACGUAAUUCACGCAAUUGGGCGGAUCAACAAAGAAAAAAUCUUCAAGCUUAUGAAUACUUGUGCCACAUUGGAGAAGCUAAAGAGUGGAUAGAAUCAUGUAUUGCUGAAGAAAUUGAUCCAAUCAUCUUGUUGGAAGAAGGUCUUAGAAAUGGUAUUGCGCUUGCAAAACUGGCAAAGUCGAUCGAACCAUCAGUUGUUAGAAAGAUUUUUACAUCACCAAAAUUACAAUUUCGUCAUUCUGAUAAUAUCAAUUAUUUCUUUGCUGCUAUACAAAAAGUCAGUUUACCUAGAAUUUUUUGGUUUGAAUUAACCGAUUUAUAUGAAAAAAAGAACAUUCCCAAAGUAAUUUAUUGCAUACAUGCUUUAAGAAGAGGUCUUACAGUUCGAAUUAAAAAUUUAGUGGGAAAAUUAGAAUUUACAGACGAACAAUUACAUUUGACACAAAGAGGUUUAGACGCUUCAGGAGUAAUCAUGCCAAGUUUUGCCAAUGUUGGAAAUAUAUUUGUUUUUAACUCCUUAUUUAUUUCAGAAAAGGCACAAUAUUGGUCCGAAAAUCAAAAUGCUAUUGUACGAUGUCAAGCAAUUGCACGCACUCAUCUUGCAAGGAAACAUUUAUUGGAAAGGCGUGCUUUAUAUGAACAUUCUUUACCUUUUAUAGUUAGACUUCAAUCACAGAUUAGAGGUUGGUUAGUACGUACUGAAUGGAAUAAUCGAUUAAAUCAAAUGGAAAAAUUAGAAAAAUGGGCUGUAAACCUUCAAUCUCUUGCACGUGGCGCAUUGGCUCGAUCAAAGUUUCGUGAUAGAUCUGCUUAUUAUGAAAAAAAUAUAGAUAAGAUUAUUAAAGUUCAAAGUUUAUACCGAGCCAAACAUGCCGGAGAUGCUUAUAGAAGUUUAACAUUAGGAAAUAAUCCUCCUGUGACAACUAUCAAAAACUUUAUUCAUUUAUUAAAUGAUAGUGAUUUUGAUUUUGAUGAAGAGCUUGAACUGGAACGUUUACGUCAAGCUGUCAUUCAGCGCAUUCGAGAAAAUAAUCAAUCAGAAGAUCAUUUGAAUCAACUUGAUAUAAAGAUAGCUCUUUUAAUCAAGAAUCGUAUAACUAUUGAUGAAGUCUUGGCUGUGGCAAAUACAAAAAAACGAAACCGUCGUCUUUCUCAACUUAAUUCACCUCAAAGUCCUUUCUCUCUAAAAUCUCUUGAUAAAGUAACACAUCGUCGUUUAGAACUUUAUCAACAAUUAUUUUAUUUAUUACAAACUCAGCCAAUGUAUCUUGCAAGAUUAUUUUUUAUUAUGAACAAAAUGAGUUUUCCAGAAAAGACUAAAAAAUUAGUUGAGGGUGUAGUAUUAACUUUAUUUGGUUACGCACAAAAUGCAAGAGAGGAAUAUUUAUUACUUAAAUUAUUCCAAAAAAGUAUGAUGCAAGAAUUAGAAAAUAUUGAUUCUUUACAAGAAUUUUUACGAGGAAAUUUCAUGUUUAUGAAAUUAGUUGUACAUUAUAAUCGUGGUGCAAAAGAAAGAAAAUUUCUUAGAGAUCUUCUUUCUCCAUUAGUUAAACACAUAAUGGAUGAUGAAUUUAUGGAUUUAGAAACUGAUCCUUUAAAAAUAUAUCGAAAUUUAAUUAAUGCAGAAGAAUUAAGGACUGGUUUACCAUCAAAUAAACCAACUGAUAUUUCACAACAAGAAGCGUUAAAUGAUCCAGAAACACGAACUGUAUUUAUUCAUCAUUUACAAAGACUUCGUAAAGAAACUGAAACUUUCUUAACAACUAUUAUUAAUUCAAUUGGAAAAAUGCCUUUUGGAAUUAGAUAUAUUGCAAGAGAGUUAAAAAAAUCUUUAAUUAAUAAAUUUAGCACCGAAAGUGAAGAUUCUGUGAUAAAAGUAGUUGGACAUUUGAUAUAUUAUCGUUACCUGAAUCCUGCUAUAGUGGCUCCCGAAGGAUUUGAUGUUAUUGAUAAUGUUGUUAGCCCAAUGCAACGUAAAAAUUUGGCCGAGAUUUCAAAAAUGUUGAACCAAAUUUCCGUAGGAAAAUUAUUUAGUGAUGAUAAUAUAUAUCUACAACCAUUGAAUGAAUAUGUUGCAUAUGCAUCAGAUAGAUUUUUAAAAUUCUUUAAAGAAGUUACGGAAGUUGGUGAAGCAGAAUCAUUUUUUGGUGUCGAUGAAUUCGAUGAUCUAACAAAAACCAAUAAACCAAUUAUAUAUAUUUCUCCAAUUGAAGUUUUUUCAACACAUGAAUUAUUAAUGCAACGAUUAGAAGAUAUAGCUCCACAACCUAAUGAUAUAUUACGACAAAUUUUUAAUGAACUUGGUGAAGCACCACCUAUAGAAGAAGAUUUAAGUGAUGCUGCUACAAAAGAAAUAUCAUUAACACUUACAAGUAGAUUGGCUUUAGAAGCAAUGAAUGAUCCAGAUGCAGAAAUUAACCAUUUAUUUGUUGAAACAAAACGUCUUAUACUUUCAGUAAUGAGAGUUCAAAAUGGUGAAAAUCUUUUAGAUAUACUUGUAAAAGCAGUUACAGAACAAGAUGAAAAAGUAUAUUCAGAAAUUUGUAAAACUGAUAAAAAAAAGAAAGAACGUCAACCUAUAGGGUCAAAUGAUAUCACAGAAAUGAAAUUUUUGGAUUUAAAAAAAUUAACACUUCAAAAUAUAUUAAGGCUUGAGAAGGAAAGAAAAAUUGUCAGAAAGAAUAAUUAUCAGGAAAUAUUGAACGCUAUUGCUGUGGAUAUAAGGAAUAAACAUAGAAGGAGAGUUCAGAGGCAGAAAGAAUUAAGACAAUUAAGACAAACAUUGGUGAAUUUGGAUGAAAAAAGAGUACAUCUUGAUGAUCAGAUUAAAACUUAUAAUGAUCACAUCGAUGUUUGUAUGCAACAAUUGACUACCAAGAAAGGAGAACUUCAGAAAUCCGGUAAAGUUCCCCGGUUUGGUUCAUUCAAGUAUACAGCCCAGCGUUUACGUGAAAAAGGUGUAUUACUUUCUAUUACCGGAUAUCCAACGUUUGAUAAGAUUAGUUUUACGAUAUCAUCAGAUGAAGUGGGAAUCUUCUCAAUCGAAGCUUCAUAUGCUAGUGUUCCUGUACCAGGCGCUUCAAUGGAACUUAGAUUGGAAGAUUUAUUACAAAGUCAAUUCAAUAAUACACAAGUUAUGAGUCUUUUUGAUGGUGUCGCUAGACAGUUGUUGACGCGUCUUAAUGGAUGUUGUACUUAUUGGUCAAAUAAAUUUGGAGAAUUUGGAAUAUUUUUUGAAACUGUAAACCCUACUUCUAGGUUGGUUUCCGAUGGAAUGAAAUGUGACGAUGAGAAAAUAAGAUGA